AUGGGGUUUGAUGAAGGCAGCAUAUUUUUAAAUAGUGAAAAUGGAACUUAUUAUGCCGGACAAACUAUUUACGGCAAAUUGGUAUUCCAACAAAACAAAGUUAAAACUUUUAGAGGUUUAUAUGUUAAAGUAAAAGGUUUUUGUAAAGUGCACUGGACUACAACCCACAGUCGAAGACAGGGUAAACACAACGUAACCUAUACUAAAACCCAUGAGUCCUAUGAGGAGUAUUUUAAAAGGAAAGUGUAUCUACUAGGCAGUGAAGAUGGUGAGUACCACCUUCAGCCUGGUAAACACGAGCUUCCGUUCGAUUGCCUAAUUCCUGCUUACUGUCCAUCAUCUUUUGAAGGCACUUAUGGCCAUGUUCGUUACGAGAUUAAGAUUGUAGUUGAUAGAGCUUUUAAGUUCGAUCAGGAGAAGAAAAUGCGUAUACGAGUUAUUACUCCAUUAGAUCUGAAUGUGGAACCAUAUUGUAAGGAACCGAUGCAGUUUGACAUAGAAGACACAUAUUGCUGUUGGUGCAUGAGAUACGGCUCCAGUGAGACCGUUGUUAAUUUGCCUGUGUCUGGGUACUGUCCCGGACAGGUUAUACCCAUUGAGGUGAACUGUUCAAAUCACGGCAAGGUUAAGAUUGACAUCAUACUCUCCAUUAAAAGGAAAAUAACCUUCCGUGCAACCGUAAACCCGGGCACUAGGCACGAAACGGAAACGAUAGUGGAGAUGAAAAAGGGUCCUGUCCCCGGAGGUGCCUCCAGAAGUUGGAUAGUAGAUAUGGAGGUACCUGCUAUAGAUGUGUACAACUUGGGAUCAUGUCAGUACAUUGAUAUAAACUAUAAGUUUAAGGUGACCGUUACUCCUAAAGGAUGUCACUGUGCCAUUGACGAAAAGAGGCGUAUUGUCAUCGGCACGAUCCCGUUGGUCGGGCAACAGGAUAACGUCCCGAAUCCUCUACAAGACCAAAUGCCGAUCUUGAAUCAAUCUAUGUUUCCCGCGAGGCCCAAUCCACCGAACCCUUACCCCAUUGAAAACUCACCAUAUCCUGGCACAAACCAACCUAAUCCAGGUGUAACUCCGUCUGACCCUAAUGCAAAACAACCCUAUCCGGGUGCGGCUGCGCCUUACUCUGGUGCAACUUUGCCGUACCCCUUAAAUCCGCAAAUAAACAAUUCACCAUAUCCAGGUACAAAUAUACCCAGACCAAAUCCACCAUAUCCCACAUCACCUACUCCGAUCAACUCACCUUAUCCCGCGUUCAACUCGACUCCAAAUCAAAGCUUGGCUCCUUAUCCCCCUAACAGUUCACCUUAUCCAGCACAAAACCCAUUGCCAAACCCCAACCCCAAUCAAGCUAAUGUCCAGUAUUCUCCGGGAAUCAAUCGCAGCCCAGUUUUAACCGGAAGUAGUACCUCACUGAAGACAGGAACCUUUGGUUUUAUUGCACAAGAUGAUACCAAAGCUGUCCCAAUACCAUCACUACCACCUGGUGCUGAUGUACCUUAUCCUGCUACUCCCGCAAACAAUCCAUAUGCUACAGCCAGCGCGCCCGAACCCGCUACACCCGAUAAUGAAAGUAAGAGUUAA